GAUGAGGCCGAGACGGGAGGCUAGCGUAGUUUGGGAAGCUAGUGCAACCUGCCUGCCAGCUAGCCAGCGAAAUAGCUUAAUCGACGGGCUUAAACUGCUUUUGAUUAAUAUCAGGCAAAACAGUGGAUAGUUAACGUUAGCUAUGUUAUCAAGAUCAUGUAAACAUUUGGACUGAGAAUAACAGCUAAUUUCUGUUGACAUCUUCGUUUUGAGAAGCCAAAGCCAGCACGUUAGCUAACUGGUUGUAGCAACAAUAGCAUCCUGUGACCGACUACCAGAUAAUGUUUUAUUAUUGUGCAUUGGGUUACUUUAGUUACCGUAACUAGCUACUGUUGAAAUAGCUGACUAAACUCCACUCCGUGGCAGUUGAUCAGAAGCAUCCUUCACCGUGGAGUUUAGUCCGCUAAUUUAGCUGUAAUGUUAGACGUGAUUUGACCCAAGUCGGCCACAAUAGUAGUUUUGACCUAUGUGAUGCUAGACACAAUAAGGAUUAGUCACUGGAAUUUGUGGUUGUCUUCAAAAUACGUUCCCUCCAUUUGAAGGUGAUGCAAGUGGAUACAAAUAGUGGAAUCGUUACACAUUUGAUCUAGAUAAUGUUAAACAAGUUUGGAAUGUUCCCAUAUAAAUUGAACAAAAGAUAAUUACAUCAUUUGACUUAGAAAAACGAAUGUUGAAAUCACACUGUGGCUAUAUUAGACAUCAGAAUUCCCUUACAAAAAAGAUUGUAUACUCCGAGUAUGUUGCAAAUACUGCAUCAUAAAUAUAUAUAAAAAAAAAUGCAGUAAUUUUGAUGUGUAACUGCAGUACAGUUCAGUAUAACUGCAAUUACUGCGUCCAAAAUACCACUGUCGACUGCUGUUACUGCACUUUUACUGCAGUUUCAAAACUGCCAUCUUUUUUGUAAGGGUUGAAUUGGGGGCAUACUUAUAUUUCACUGUACAGUACAUUUUAAUGACCAAAGACAUGACAUUUCUACCUUUUUAGAUUUUGUGGCAAUAGAGAAAGUUGACAUAUCAGACAAGAGGAAGUGAUAUAAAUAAUAAUCUGAGCAAAGGAUAAUGUUUUGGGAUUUUCACCCUCAACAUAAUUUCCUAAAGAUCUUAGUGAUGAAAUGCCUAUGUAUGUUAUGUUGUAAAUGUGAACAUGAAUUAAUGCCCGCAUUUCUGAUUACUCUUGUGUUUCUUGAGAUGUCCUCAUUGUGGUUUUACAGACGUGUUUAAUACGUUUUAUGUACACACCUUUUAUUAGAAUAUUUAUGAAAUGCACAUUGUUAUAUUUGGUAGCACUUUUUUUCCUCUCGACUCGAACCUCAUUCGAUGCAUUGGAACAGAUGUGUGUGGAGCUAUGUCUACGUAAGGGUGCACAUUUUAAACUCAAAAGCUCUGAGGAAGGCCCUCGAGUCCGAUAGUAUCACUGCUCUUUAAUAAGCUUUACCUAUCGAGAGCGGUGUGUGGGGUUCUUCUUUUUUCUUAUGCGAUAUUGGUCAAAUACACUGAACAAAAAUCUAAAUGCAACAUGCAAGAAUUUAAAAGAUGUUACUGAGUUACAGUUCAGAUAAGUAAAUCAGUCAAUUGAAAUAAAUGCAUUAGGCCCUGGGAAUACAGAUCUGUUGGUCACAAAUACCUUUAAAACUUUUUUUUUAAGGUAGGGGUGUGGACACACUUUUAAAAAAGUCAGUAUCUGGUGUGACCACUCCUCUUUAAUGGCAGCUCGAAGUUGCUGGAUAUUGGCGGGAACUGGAACACGCUGUUGUACACGUCAGUUCAGACCAUCCCAAACAUGCUCAAUGAGUUAUAUGUCUGGUGAGUAUGCAGGCAAUGGAAGAACUGGGACAUUUUCAGCUUCUUUGAAUUGUGUACAGAUCCUUGUGACUUGGGGCCGUGCAUUAUCAUGCCGAAACAUGAGGUGAUGGCGGCAGAUGAAUUGCAUGACAAUGGGCCUCAGGAUCUCGUCACUAUCUCUGUGCAUUCAAAUUGCAAUCGAUUUAAUAUGCAAUUGUAUUCGUUGUCCUUAGCUUAUGCCUGCCAAUACCAUAACCCCACCACCAUGGGGCACUCUUAUUCACAACGUUGGCAUCAGCAAACCGCUCGCCCACAUGACUCGAUACACACUGCCUGCCAUUUGCUCGGUACAGUUGAAGCCGGGAUUAAUCUGUCAAGAACACACUUCACCAGGGUGCCAGUGGCCAUCUAAAGUGUUUGCCCACUGAAGUAAGUUACGACGCCAAACUGCAGUUAGGUCAAGCCCCUGGUGAGGACACUGAGCACACAGAUGAGCUUCCCUGACAUGGUUUCUGACAGUUUGUGCAGAAAUUAUUCAGUUGUGCAAACCCAGAGUUUCAUCAGCUGUCCGGGUGGCUGGUCUCAGACAAUCCCGCAUGUGAAGAAGCCGGACUUGGGGGUCAUGGGCUGGCGAGGUUACACGUGGUCUGCGGUUGUGAGGCCUAUUGGAUGUACUGCCAAAUUCUCUAAAAAGAUAUUAUAUUAUAUAUAUUCCUGAAUUCAGCAUGCCAAUUGCGCGCUCCCUCAAUUGGAGAGAUCUGUGGCAUUGUGUUGUCACAAAACUGCACAUUUUAGACUGGCCUUUUAUUGUCCCCAGCACAAGGUGCACCUGUGUAAUGACCAUUCUGUUUAAUCUGCUUCUUGAUAUGCCACACCUGUUAGGUGGCUGGAUUAUCUUGGCAAAGGAGAAAAGCUCACUAACAGGGAUGUAACCAAAUUUGUGUUCAAAAUUUGAGAGAAAUAAGCUUUUUGUGCAUAUGGAACAUGUCUGGGAUCUUUUAUUUCAGCUCAUGUAAAGUGUUGGUUUCAUGUUGCGUUUAUAUUUUUGUUCAGUGUAUGUACAGUGCCAUAAUAACCCACUCUUGUCCUCUUUUUCCCUUAAUCCUAGCCCUUGAAGCGGUGGGUUUUGGGGCACAGCAAGUGUGACUAUCCAUUUAAUUUUGUUCUGGGAUGACUUGGACAACUAGACAACCAGAGUGACAGUGACUGGAGGGGAAACAAACACCCUCUCAUAUCGAAAUCUUUCUAAUGCGUUGCUCCACACUAUAAACAAGACAAAACAGCAACAUUUAUAGUUUGGACAAAUUUAUUUAUUGCCUAUACGGAGUAGUAUACUCUAGUGGUCCUCAUGAUGUCUAUCACCAACAUGCCUACGAGUAACGACGCUUGCCUGAGCAUUGUACACAGCUUGAUGUGUCAUAGGCAAGGGGCAGAGAGUGAGACCUUUGCCAAGCGAGCAAUAGAAAGUCUAGUGAAAAAGCUGAAGGAGAAGAAGGAUGAACUGGACUCCCUUAUCACAGCCAUCACCACCAAUGGAGCUCACCCCAGCAAGUGUGUCACCAUCCAGCGGACUCUGGAUGGCCGCCUGCAGGUAGCAGGGCGUAAAGGGUUCCCCCACGUGAUCUACACUCGGUUGUGGAGAUGGCCCGAUCUGCAUAAAAAUGAACUGAAGCAUGUCAAAUACUGCCAGUUUGCGUUUGACCUGAAGUGUGACAACGUCUGCGUGAACCCCUACCACUAUGACCGGGUGGUGUCUCCGGGUAUUGACCUAUCAAGCUUGACUCUUACCAGCACAGCUACCAAUCUGGGACUGAUGGUUAAAGAUGAGUACGACUUUGACGGCCAGCCCCAGCUGCCCCCCAUGGACGGGGGUCACUCCCUCCAAACCAUCCAGCAUCCUCCCUCCAGCCGAGUUGGGCCCCCCACGGAGCCCUUCAGCACCGCUGGCCUGCUGCCCCUCGCUGAUGCCCGCACCACCUCAGCCUUCCCCAGCAUCUCUGUUGGAUCUGGAAAUGCCACCUCCACCUGGACGAGAAACAGCAGCUUCAUGCCCAACAUGCCUCACCAUCAGAAUGGGCACCUGCAACACCACCCACCCAUGCCUCAUCCAGGGCACUACUGGCCUGUGCACAACGAGCAUGGCUUCCAGCCCCCCAUAUCCAACCAUCCAGCGCCCGAUUACUGGUGCUCCACCGCUUACUUUGAGAUGGACGUGCAGGUGGGCGAGACCUUCAAGGUGCCCUCCACUUGCCCUGUCGUGACCGUGGAUGGCUACGUGGACCCUUCGGGUGGAGACCGCUUCUGUCUGGGCCAGCUGAGCAACGUGCACCGGACAGAGGCCAUUGAAAGAGCCAGGCUCCACAUCGGGAAAGGGAUCCAGCUGGAGUGCAAAGGUGAAGGGGACGUGUGGGUUCGUUGCCAUAGCGACCACGCAGUGUUUGUGCAGAGCUACUACCUGGACAGGGAAGCCGGCCGUGCCCCCGGCGACGCCGUGCACAAGAUCUACCCCAGCGCCUAUAUCAAGGGAGGGGUGUCCACGUACACUAUAUAUAUGUUGGUUUUUGUUUGUUCCCCUUCCCAGGUGUUUGACCUGCAUCAGUGCCACAGGCAAAUGCAGCAGCAGGCAGCGACGGCGCAGGCGGCAGCUGCAGCUCAGGCUGCCUCUAUUGCCGGGAACAUCUCUGGGCCGGGCUCCGUGGGAGGCAUCGCUCCCGCCAUCAGCCUUUCGGCAGCAGCUGGCAUCGGUGUGGACGACCUGAGGAGACUGUGCAUCCUGCGCAUGAGCUUUGUCAAGGGCUGGGGUCCCGAUUACCCCCGGACGAGUAUCAAGGAGACCCCCUGCUGGAUUGAGAUCCACCUACACCGCGCCCUCCAGCUACUGGACGAGGUGCUGCACACCAUGCCCAUCGCUGACCCCCAACCCUUGGACUGAACCACCAGACUGACCCCUCCCCUGUGACACUUCAGUAUGAGAGAACUUGGAAUAAGGCGGGGUAGGGGACAGGAGAGACGCCCUGUUUAGCUAUACAAGUAAACAAAGACUUGUUUCUCUCUAUAGGUCGUUCCUCUUCUUUUUGCCUUCAUAUUGUCAAGUAAGUCCAGGUCAUGACAGAGGCUCUGAUGAAGAAAGGGGGCUACACUUCUCAAUCGCCCUGGUGCACCUUCACCAGUGAUCCCAUCUGGGUAACCUAUGCAGUGUUUUCCACAAGCACAUGGAGUAUUCAGCCAAAUAGAAAAAGUAGCCAGCCAGGCUCCCCUGGAUUUUUUUUUGCAGAACAAGCUCUAUUUUGGUGGUCUCUGAUACAUUCUAAUGCCUUGAUUUCAUACAAAAUACACAGCAAAAUGAUUGCAUACUUUGAGGUUACCUCCCAGAUUGGAAAAGUAUUUAUAAUUUAAAUGACUGAAUUUAAGUAUUGUUAGUUGUUUAGGAUAUCGAUCAUAUGAUCAGGACUAUUUUCUAAGUAAGAACAUAAAACCUCUCAACAUUUAACCUGCCUUCUCUUGAGCUUAAAAGUAUUUUACUGCAAGAUAUGAAUUGCCACAAUUGUUUGUUCUUCAGAUUAUAUUUUAUUAAAACAGAAAAAUGAAGUAAAUAGACCAUUUUGUUUUAUAAAUUUGAGGUUAAAUGCCAAAUUAAACAAAUGUGUUGAGCACUUUUGUCAAAUGACAAAAUAGGUCUCUAAAAUGAACAACACGCUCAAUUAAGUUCUGGGUCCAUAGGUGUUAAGAGAAGAGAGAGACAAGAUAAGUUACUGAAAGAAUUUCAACAAGUGUUCAACUAUCUUUGUGAAUUGCAGUAUAUAAUUUAUAGUAAAACUCACAGUUAACCUCAUGUCAGUUUGUGACAAGAUAAGCUAGUAUAGUUUAGAUAAUCAUUGUACCAUCUAAACCGCUGUGAAAUCUAAUUUCCAUGACCAUAAAUAUUAUUUCAGCUGUUCGAAAACUCAUCUUAAUGGGAACCAUCUUCCACUUCUGAGACCUUUUUUAAAUGUAUUUUUUUAUAACCCCCCCCCCCCUCGGGGAAGACAUCUUUUUUUGUUUUUACAGGUUUUCUACAUUUACAGUGCUUUCAGAAAGUAUUCAGGCCCCUUGACUUUUCCCACAUUUUGUUACAUUACAGCCUUAUUCUAAAAUGGAUAAAAUAAAAUAAAUCAGCAAUCUGUACACAAUACCCCAUAAUGACAAAGCAAAAACAGGUUUAGACAUUAUACCAAUUGUAUCAAAAAACCAAGAUGCAUUCACAUAAGUAUUCAGACCCUUUGCUAUGAGACUAGAAAUUGAGCUCAGAUGCAUCUUAUUUCCAUUGAUCAUCCUUGAAGUUUGAAAGGCACACACCUGACAGUGCAUGUCAGUGCAAAAACCAAGCCAUGAGGUCAAAGGAAUUGUAGAGCUCAGAGAGGAUUGUGUAGGGCGGCAAGCUGAGAUCUACUGCUCAGAUUUUCUUUUCACAUUAACCUCACACAAACAGUUUUGUAGGAAUGAGGUUUGGGCAGUAAGCCUAAUAUUAUCACAGCAUACUGGCUAUAUGAUUGGCCUGCCAAUAUUGUUAAUCAGACCAUAUUAUAUUUCAAAACUUGAGCUUUGUUAAAAUAGAUCAGUUGGUUUAGCACUUGUGAGGCACUGUGGAGCAUGAAUUGAAAUAAUUGGCUUUUUUAUUUUACUGGACUGAUGGAACCUGCAUCUGAUGGUCGUGGUCAAAUCACAACGUCAGUGAUCUUCAGGUCGAAAAGUCGGAGCUCUAGAAAGAUGCCCAAGUUUCCGACUUGGAAUUCGGAGUUGGAUGACCGUACUGAACGAUUUUUCCCAACUGCCUCUCGCUCCCUCCCUUUCCUCCGGUGAGACUGACCAGAGAGGGGACACAGUCUUCCACCUGAUGGCGAAACUCGAGUCGCAUCGCAUCUGCCUCAUUCACAAAUUCAUAUUGUUCCUAUGACCAGAGAAAGUAAAAUUCCUUCAAAUUAAAAUCGACACGAACUGCUAAUAAUAAGACGCAGGGCUAUCGAUGCUUGGCUACUCAUUCAUUGCAACCCGAGCGAAGUACGGAGAAGUGCAUUUUGUAAGUGUUGAAUAAAAACAGUGACAGUGCUGAAUAUAAACUUAAACAUGAACUCACUCAUAAAAACAGCAGCUCUUUGCUGUAUUCGUUGACAGUCUCUCUGUGUUCAUGGUUUUAAAAAUUAUUAAAUCUUACGUAGGCUAGUAGCCUAUUAAACUUGGCUGUAGCCAGGGUCAUGGAAGCUCUAGCCACGGUGAUUUGAGCUAUCUGAAUGGGCAGCGCAGUAGGUGCACUCGAUUUAGUCACAGAUUCGUCAGUCUGCAGAGUAGGCGGUGUGUGUCUCAUGGGAACACUUUGCUUACCUGGUGCGCAGGACUUUUAAAUCAAGUGCACCUAUCUGUGAGCUGCUCUGACAGCUGGUGCUUAAAGCUAGAGAGGGAGACAUGAGUCACCAGCUUCAGUGAUUUUUCGCCUAAAAUGACAUUCCAAAAUCUAACUGCCUGUAGCUCAGACCUAUGCAUAUUCUUAGUACCAUUUGAAAGGAAAAACUUUGAUGUUUGUGGAAAUGUGAAAGGAAUAUAGGAGAAUAUAACACAAUAGAUCUGGGAAAAGAUACAAAGAAAAAACCAACCGGUCUUUUGUAUUAUUUUUGUACCAUCAUCUUUGAAAUGCUGCUUUGGCAGCAGCUAAUGGGGAUCCAUAAUAAAUACAAAUAGACUUUUCUCUCUGCUACCGCAUGGCAAGUGGUACCGGAGCGCCAAGUCUAGGGCCAAAAGGCUUCUCGACAGCUUUUACCCCCAAGCCAUAAGACUCCUGAACAGGUAAUAAAAUGGCUACCCGGACUAUUUGCAUUGUGUCCCGUCACCCCCCUCCCCCCAACAACCCCUCUUUUAUGCUGCUGCUACUCUCUGUUUACCAUCUAUGCGUAGUCACUUUAACUAUACCUACAUAUUACCUUAAUUAGCCCAACUAACCGGUGCCCCCCGCACAUUAACUCUGUACCGGUACCACCUUGUUGGUUAGGGCUUGAAUUUCACUGUAAGACAUACACCUGUUGAUUUUGGCGCACGUGACAAAUAAACUUUGAUUUGAUUUGAA